UCUUGUGCUAAAUUUGUAACCCUAUCUCAGUUAUGGAUAAUUCUGCAUCAAUGCGUGACUUUCCAACCGAGAUGCAAACAUCCACUGUUGGAAUGUUGCGUUAAGUUUCAUUUUUAUCCAGCGUGUUUUUGUUUUUUCCUGUAUGAAUAAAAAAACAACUGUGGCAUCAAGCGCCACAUUGUUUGCCGACGCAAAAUAAGAGACACCUUGGUGUCGGCUAGGGUUGAAGAUUGUACCGAAAUGCAAUGGUCAGCUGUGCUGUACCAUCGUAUGUCAGAACAGGUUGAACUGUUCAUGCGAGGACUUACGCUGACACAGCUGACCGUAUGAGCCGGCGCUUCCAAUCCCAGAAGCUUGGAAACAUUCCAACCCUUUCCCAAACAUGGAACAAGGCCGAAGAUGAGGUCUGCAGAUGUGCAGUAAUUGGAGCCGGCAAGGUUAACAACGCUUAGAUUCACGUUAAAUACGGACCGACCGGCAUUCGGGCUUAUCAGAACCGUGCCAUGAAGUUCCGAAAUAUGGCCGGCGCGUUUGUCUUUUGGUGUUUGAUGGGUUGCCUUUUUGCCGGGCAUCUUCAGGGCGUCAGUACGGAUGAGAGUACGGUGGGAGAUGAGUUUGUAGAACUCAGGGAGCCCGGUUCCUUUACACCGGAGGAUCUUUGCCGUAGCCUUUGUGGGGAGUGUCAAUGUCGGGGGUUGUUGGUGAGCGAGAACUUAUGCCAGUGUAGCUGUGACUUUUCGCCGGAUAGUGUAGGAGGCCAAAAUUGCACCUUGCAAGUGCGUCGGAUAUGUGAACAGAUGGAUGUACAAUGUGACUUCAGUGGACCGGAAGCAGACUAUGUUCGGGAUCCACGUGAUUGCCACACGAUGUCAUGCUACGAAAAGCAUCACGAACACGAUGGAGGGGACUAUGAUGGUGAAGGGUAUGGCGAUGGUGAGGGACACGAGCAUGGAGGGAAACACUUGAUAUGCUGCAAGGACAAAAAGCAUAAGGAGAAGAAGCAUAAGCCUAAAAAGCUCAAGUUGUUUCAUGAUAAGCAUCUGAAGUUCCACGUGGUGAUUAAAGGAAAGAUUCCCGAAACAUCCUGUCACGGAGAUCACGAAGGCGGGGAGCAUCAUGGAGGGUAUGAUGAACAGGAAGGAUACCGUGCAGCAAUGCCUGAUAAACAUCCAAUAGCUCCUGCUCAUGUACCGAUGGACGUAACCGUGUGGACAAAUCGUCAAAAGUUUCCCAAAAAGUUUCCUUUCCGAAAGCCCUUCCAGCAUCAUCUUCAUCAUAAGAAACCUCCACCACAGCAUGCACCAGCCUAUCCGGCACCGUAUCCCGUAGAACCAAGAGGGAAAUCAGCUGAACCACCGGCACCGGAAACAAGGCCCCAACCAAGACCGAAGCCGAUGCAUCCUCCGCAGGAUACUCAACCACCACCUUCUCAACAGACACCUUCGGCUCCCUCAUUACCACCAGCCGAACCGAUAUCACCACCAGUGACACCCUUCCCGGAGAAUCCAUUAACUCCUCCACCGAAUCUAUACGAUGGUGCCCCAAUCGGUCCGAAGAAGUUUCCACAGCAACCGAAACUGGAACCACCAAAGACUCACUCAUUUUCACUCACUCCACCAUCACCACCACCACCACCACCACCACCACCACCACCACCAUCACCCCCAUCACACUUUGUCCGUCCAUCUCCACCAAUGAUCACCGUGGAUCCUCCAACGAGACGCUUUGAAUCAUCAAGAAGCUUCGAAAAACCGACCUACUCAAGCUGCCAGUUGGAUAGCUACGAUUUCAACUAUUACCAUCCUCCACCAACCUAUCAUCAACCUGCACCUCCACCACCAACCUAUCAUCAACCUGCACCAACCUAUCAUCAACCUGCACCUCCACCACCAACCUAUCACCGAACUCCGGCACCGACGGUAUCGUCCUACCGAUCGUAUUCCUCCUCGUACGAUCCAUCCUAUUCAUCCAGUCACUAUCACCCUCAUGACCAAUACGAUAACUCGAAACACUAUUCUGCUUACGAUGAGCCUGUUGAGUAUAGUACGUAUGAUGACAGUCCCGGUAAGAGCAGCGAAUACUACGAUGGCCAUGGUGUACAUCCGUUGUCCGACAACGAAAUAGAGGAUUGGCCAGAAUAUCCACCUCGUUAUCCAUCCGAAAUAUUCACCUUCAAUCAGAUCGUUAGUCGACAGAUCAUAGAGGCGGCUACUGCCGAACUCUACCGGACUAAACCCUUCCAGCCAACACCGCGACCCCUACGGGAUGAGUUCGAACCACCGACAGCAGAAGCGGGCCCGGUACUGUUUGAUUCAUUCGGUCCACCGGAUAAAAACUACGAAAUGUAUCCCAUACCAACGCCACCGCCAGAUGCAUACAUUCCACCUGUACCUCCAGCCAGUUCACCGGUAGACUUUCCCGACGCUGAGAAUAGGCCACCAACUUUCGCACUAAACUCGGAGGAAGCGCUUUAUCCGCAACCGACACCACCACCCCAUUAUUUGCUGGCAAAAGAAACCGGCAGCAUGAGUUCAUUCGGAUUCGAGGAGUACGAAUCGAGUCCAGCUCACCAUGAACCAACGUCCUGGGGAUAUAGUCGAAGUGCAGCAGGUCAGAGCCACUACAGGUCAGCACCUAGUCGUAGUAGUUCGUACAGUUAUAGAAGGUAUCACUGAGAGGAUUGAUUGAAUUCUGUUUAUAUGUUUUAAGCUGAUAAAAUGAGUGAUAAUAAUAUGAAUAAUUAAACAGA